UGCCUAAGAGAAAUAUCCAACCUUAACCUUGGGGAUUCAGCAAUUUUUUUUAAAAAAAUCGUUUAUAAGACCGUUGGGAUUCAAAUCCAUGUGAGAGAGGGCAAAAGAGUUCCAUGAUUUUAAAUCUGAGGGUACCUCUCUCAUUGCUGAGAGAUAGAGAUUCCCAGCUCGAAGUAACAUCCUUGAGAGAGAGAAGGAUUUCCCAUCUCUAACUGAUACCUCCCAUGACGUGUAUGUACAGGGAUUAGGACCUCCACCAUCUUAAUGCUAGUACAACCAAGCAUGAGGCCCCAAGAACUCUCCAAUCUCCUGCACAAAUGCAAGAGUAAGAAGCAUCUCAACCAAAUCCACACCCAAAUCCUCACCUCCAAUUUCUCAGACCACACCCUUCUCCUCACUCGCCUCCUCUUUGUUUACGCCCUGGCCGAGUACGGUUGCCUCUGCUAUGCCGAUCUCAUUUUCCGCAGAAUCCCAAACCCUAACACAUGCACAUGGAGCACCAUGAUACGUGCCCAUGCAGUGGGCUCUACCCCUUGGAGAGCCCUAACCCUGUACAAAUAUAUGCACUCUUGUGGACCCAUGCCUGACCAGCGUGCGAUUCCGUUUGCGUUAAUGGCUUGUUCAAGGUUACGUGACCUAGCCUAUGGCACUUGUGUUCAUUCACAUAAAGUGAAGCUAGGAUUAAGCACUUCUCUCUAUAUUCAUAAUGCUCUGAUAAAUAUGUAUGCUAGUUUUAGGCGAUUGGAUUGCGCCGGAAAAGUGUUUGAUGAAAUGACUCAAAGAGAUGUGGUUUCUUGGAAUGCUUUGAUCACUGGGUAUGUUAGGUGGGGUGAGCUCGAUUCUGCAAGGUCUUUGUUUGGAGAGAUGACAGAGAGGAAUGUGAUUUCUUGGAACACAAUGAUUACUGGGUUUGUUCAGGCUGGGAGAGCUAAGGAAGCAUUGGGUCUCUUUCAUAAAAUGCAAAAGAUGGGGGUGGUUAAUUCUGAUAAAAUAACGAUGGCUAGUGUUAUAUCGGCGUGUUCUUCUUUGGGUGCUUUGGAUUUUGGAAUAUGGGUUCAUGGGUACGUGAAGAGAAACCAGAUAGAACUCGACAUGGUGAUUCGAACCUCACUAGUGGACAUGUAUGCAAAGUGUGGGAGCAUCGAGAGAGCUUUUCGUGUAUUUGAUGAGAUGCCCAUGAGAGAUGUUUAUGCCUGGACAGUUAUGAUAUCGGGUCUUUCGAUGCACGGGCGAGCUAAAGAAGCUCUUGAACUGUUUAGAGAGAUGUUUCACUCAGGGACCAGGCCUAAUGAGGCUACCUUUGUUGCAGUUUUAUGUGCAUGCACACAUGGGGGGCUCGUAGAGGAGGGGAGAGAGUGUUUUCGUGUGAUGAGAGAGGUCUAUGGGCUCGAGCCUCAGGCACAGCACUAUGCUUGCAUGGUCGAUCUUCUUUCUAGAGUAGGGCUCAUUGAUGAGGCUGAACAACUAGUAACGGGCAUGCCCAUUGAGCCAGAUGUGUUUAUUUGGGGAGCUUUGCUCGCUGGAUGCAAGAUGCAUGGAAGGGUGAAACUAGGAGAAAGUAUAGCAGAAAGGCUUUUGGCUUUGGAACCUCAAAGCCAUGCAUUUUAUGUGCUCUUAUCUAAUAUAUAUGCAAAAGCUAACAGAUUUGAUGAUGUUAAGAGAAUUAGGGGAAUGAUGAGAGAGAAUGGGAUAAAGAAGAUUCCAGGUUGUAGCUCAAUUGAGGUUGAUGGCGAUCUUUACGAGUUCUCUGUGAAUGCGAUGCCUGAGUCUCUAAUGAAAGAGAUAGAACCGGUCCUUUUAGAAUUGAGUGGUAAAAUGAAAUUGGGGGCUAUGUAAAAUGAAAUUGGGGGCUAUGUUCCAAACAUAGCUGAGGUGUUAUUGGACAUAGAGGAUACUGGACUCUCUUGAUCGGUGCUACCAUUCUAGAUAAUCUAGAACAAUUCUAUCAUCUUUUGAGGUGAGAGAGAAGGGUUUUUCAUGAACCAUGGGUGAGAAUCAAUAAUGAGGACUUCUAAACCAAGAAUAUGCUUUCCCGUCUGGCUUUCACUUCCAUUGAAACCUCCAUUUUGCCCUUCUUUUAGGGUGAGAGAGAAGGCUUAAGGGUGAGGGCUAUUUAUCCUAGAGAGAACUGUGGGAGAGAAUCAUGAAUUGUGAGGACCUUGGGGUUCUAUCCCAAAGAGAACUAGGCGAGAGAAUUUUGAGUAAUUAAGACCUUUGAACCCAGAAAACAUAAGCACUUCUAUGUUUUAGUUCCUUUGAAAUCUUCCUGAAGCCUUAUGGCUAUUUGGUAGGCCAUAGUCAACCAGGUGACCAUUAAAAUUGGACAAUCCGAAACCAUUCAAAAUGAGUAGAAGGAACAAUUUUAGAAGAAUAAGUUUUUGUUUAAAUGUCCCAAAGUAAGGAAAUGCUAAAAAACAGGGCAUACCUCUUUAAGUGUGACAAGAAGGAAGAUCCCAAAGAGGAUACCAGUAAACUUGUAUGUUUCUUAGCCAUGCCAUUCAAGUGAGUAUGCACGAAAGAAGACUUUUAUGUCGCGAAGUACUAAGAAAGUUUCUCUGAGUGUGUCUAUAUUGAAAAUGAGUGGGACCAGAUUUGCUUGUACAUUGUUCUUGUUCACUUGAUCAU